GAAGCAUUCAAAGCAGCACAGCUAGGGGGAUCCUCCGAGUGCUGCAGACAGGAAGGAGCUCAUGAACUACGUCGAUCGUGACUGCGUGGGGCAUCCAUGCUUUGGUGAAGCUGUUGAAGUUUGAGGAUACCUUCACAGACGAAUGAGAUUCUGCAAUGCUGCAUUCUGGGGACUUCCAAUGUGUUCAACAUAGAAAGUUUUUCUAAGCACAUUCCUUCCAUUCUUAGCUGUAGCUUGCGCCUUGUGAGUUUUAGCAACAUUGAGUACGAACAUUAAUCACCUGCCAUAUGCGAGGGCAGUGAACGGGAGGCGGCAACGGUAACAAAACAAAGCUGAAAACUAGGAUCCAGCAGCAAUCAGCAGCUCUUCCCCGCGCUUGUGGGACUGAAACCAGCCUUGAAGGCUUGUGACCCUUGUGCAACCACUCUGAAGUAUUUAUUACUGUAUAAUGGCAUCCAAACUCACCAGCGCCCUCCGCCUCUGCUUCUUCUUCCUCGCCCUCUGGAUACUGCCCUCCGAUGCCUUCCAACCCCGCACGCUAUCCCAGCUUCCCCCUGUUGGUGGAGUUGUUAGCGCCCUCCCGCUGCUUUUGAACACCUCCCUCCCCAUAAACAACGUCACCGCACUACUGGCAAGCUUUCCAGCAAAUCUGACUGGGAACUUGACGGGGCUACUGCUGCCGAAUGCUACCGAGUUGGCAAAGAUUCAGCAGUAUGUGCUGAACGUCACGCGUCCGACGGUUGCGUCGUUUAUCGAUGGGACGAACACAACGAUAGACUGCGUGCCGAUCCAGGCGCAACUCUCGCUCAUCAACGCGACCCUGACCAACCAAACCCUUCCGCUGACGCCUCCAGUCGGACCGCGCCUCAACACCACCACUGUGACGUCAGCAGUCCCGGUGUUAAACGGCACCAUCCCCAGGAUCAUAACUCCGGCCGCGAAUGCCACGGCGCUGCUUAACAGGACGGGCUUAAAUGCCACGUGUCCAAAUGGGAGCGUCCCGGUGCCCCGCCUGACGGUCGCGGACAUUGCGCGCUUUGGGUCUCUCCAGGCGUUUCUCAACUCGGCGCUGAACAAGGGGCCCCCGCCGAACGUGACGGCCCCGUCUUCCGCCAGCGACGGUCACGAAUACGCGACCACCAGCCCCGACCGCUCCUCCAGCGACACCCCGCCCGCAUUCUACGGCAUGCAAACGAGCAUGAGCGUCUGGGCGCCAUUUGUGGACCAGCCCGUCGGGAGCCGCGAGUUCAGCCUUUCCCAGGUGUGGGUCACGGGUGGCACGGGAAUCGCUUUGCAGACGAUCGAGGCCGGGUGGCAGGUUGACACGGUUGCUUACGGCGACGCGAAGCCCCACCUGUUCAUCUUCUCCACCCGCAAGGGUUACACUGACCCGGUUUGUUACGCCGGGCGCAAGGACUGCCCCCAAGGCGCCGCGACUUUCGUGCAAGUCAGCAACAGCGUCUACCCCACGAUCACGCUCGACAGCUCCGUUGCCAACGGAGACACGGUCCAGUACACGCUCCUCGUGGUGCGCGAUUCCCCGACCGGCAACUGGUGGGUCAAACUGGGCAGCGAAUGGGUCGGCUACUACCCGGGGAAUCUAUACACCAGCCUCGCCCAAUCCGCGGACUCCGUCGCUCUGGGGGGGGAGAUCGUGGACUACGCUCGCCUGCCGGGCGCUCCCCCCGGGACGCCGCACACGAAAACGGACAUGGGCAGUGGAGAGUUUGCCGCGGGGCGAUCCCCGGCAACCGUUGCGUAUCAUUACAACAUGAUGUACGUAGACGAGGAUAAUAACCUGCAGACGCUCGACGGGAUCCAGGUGGUUAACACUAACCCGGCGGGUUACGACCCGGACUGCUACUCGGGGCAGCUGGUGUCGUCCACUACCGGGUCGGAGAUCUUCUUUUUCGGGGGGCCGGGGUUCAGCGCCGUAUGCGCAAUUUAGGUUCCUCGUCUCUUCUGCACUUUGGCGGCCCCAAAGUGAUCUCGGAAUGGCCGCAUCUGAAGGAGAACGGCCAGAGUCUGCACCCCUCCAAGUAACGGUUCCUGAUUAGGAGUCCUUACAAUCCACUUCAAUCAGAGUUUUUGGUUGAGUAUACUCUAAAGUGUUGAGGUUUCAACCCAAGAAAGCAGCAAACGCUGUCAGGCUUCGAAGAGGUCGGCUGCGUCAAAGCUUAAUUAGACUAGUCGCGUGGACUGAUCAUGCACACAACAGUUUGCAGAUUGACAAACAGUAUUUAUUGUAAGCUGGAACAACUGACUCCAAUCGUUGUCCGACCGAUCCGUCCUGGUGUGUCUGUUGUAAGCUGGGACUCCAAUCGAUUGGAGUCCC